GUACAUGGAAGUCGGUCGCCAUGAUGUAAGUCAUGGCAUGCAUGAGUCUACCCUACCAUGUCGGCAACGGUGGAGAGAGUCAUCAUGAGAAUAACGAUCAUGUAUUUGAAUGCAAGUCGAGACGGGAGAACCGCUAACGGUUGUCUUAUCCUAUCUCCUUUGAGUGAAGGCGAGGGAGGGAAGGAGAGGGAAGGAGGGAAGGAGAGGGAAGGAGGAAGGGGGAGGGAUGGAAGGAGAGGGAGGGAAAGAGAGGGAGGGAGGGAGGGAGGGAGGGAAGGGGAAGCACUGGAAAGGUUAGUGCCAGCAGUAACAGAGCUUAUAGUGGCAGAGCUUCUGUAUCUUCAAUGGCUAGAUCCUCGGCAGCCCAUCUAUUUGUACGUCAAUUCAACAGGCACAUCUCGUGCAGAUGGUGAGACUGUUGGAAUGGAGACGGAAGGCUUCUGCAUAUACGACACAAUGAUGCAUGUAAAGAAUGAGGUUGUGAAGAACAGGGAUACCCUUGUCGAACUGCUUGCGCGCCACACAGGAAAUCCUAUGGAGGUAGUUGCGAAGAAGAUGGAAAGACCAUUCUACAUGAAUGCAACCAAGGCCAUCAAGUUUGGUGUGAUUGACAAGAUCCUGUGGCAAGGACAAGAAGCGAUCGCGGAGACUUUGUCCACUGAAGAAUGGGAUGACGGUGCCGGAAUCAGGGUUGUUGAGAAGCCUGCAUAUUCAGAGGGAGGAUCACUUUGAUCCUGUACUGGGGCACACAGAAGUGAUGUGCGCUGGUGGCGUGCUGCUUUCUCGCAUUCUGUUCUUUGGCGCGAAGACUGAAGGAAGCCAGAGGAGAAGUCGGAAAGUCCACUGGUCAAGCGCACUCCGUAAUGUUUCACACAACUUCUCAGCAGCAGCCAGCUUUGGAUGCCCCACCUGUUUGAAGCGGGGGGGGGGGUGCCGAUCCAACCCCCUGUUUCUCUACCUCCUCCUUUUGCUUCCUUUGUAGCCCACCCCAUCGCCCCACUAUAGAACAGACCCUCCCCUACCACCCUCCUCCUCCGUUUUGCCCUGAAAUUCAAUGGAGGUAAUUCCCAUCCGCUGUAUCUGGUUCUCUCUUCUCAUGCCCUUCAACUGAAACAUCACACAUAACCUUACCUUGUUUCACCCUUUGGAUUCCCUGCAUGUCUCACUUGUCUCUGUCCCUCUUCGUUCUCUCCUCUCCCCUCCUCUCCUCCCCUCUACCCCCCCCCCCCCCCCCCCCCCCUCUCUCUCUCUCUCUCUCUCUCUCUCUUGCCUUCAAGCUUGCCUAUCUUCAAAAUCAACUUGGUGAGCACCACCUUUUAUAAUUCCUUUGUCAAUUGUUCUUCCUCGUGCUUAUGAAUGUUUUUUUCAAGUGGCUUGGCGCUUCUUCCUUGUACUCAUGAACGGUGACUUCGCACUCCAUCCUUUGAACCUUCAAGGGUUCUUCAUGGCUCUCCUUAAAUGGGGGUGCAGUGAGCUCCUCGCAUGUGUAUUCUAGCUUCUCAGGGUCUCGUAGUCAUUCCUCAACUUCAUCUUAAAAACUGCAAGUGGCGAAUUUCGCAUCUUUCGCCGACUCUUUUACUCUCAUAGAGGCGGCAGUGGUUCCAGCAAGCUGCUUAGAAUGCUUGAACUUUAAACAGAUGGGAUGUUUGUAAGUACAUGCCUGUCAUCCGCGUUGCACUUGUGAUUGACCUGAGAUGAGCUUUGUCCACAUGAGGGUCGGUCGUUGGCAGAAGGGGGGUUGUUUGUACAUAUCAUUACAAAGAAGUAGUCUUUUCCUCUGUGGAAGCACAAAUGAAAUCAAACCAUGAAG